AUGGUUCAUGUGUUCUAUGCGCGAUACAUCUCUACAUAUUACGUACGAUAAAGAAUUUUUUUAGGGCAGCGGCAGAUUAGUUGCUGUCGUUUACAAUUGAUUGUAUCGAUUAUCACAUCGAAUUAAAUAGUCUAUUUUUUAACAGAAACUCCUUCGAUAAAUAAUUGUCUACUUAUUGUGGUAUGCUAAAAGGAACAUUAUAAAUUGACGACAUGGCACAAGAAGUCGAGGAAACCAUGAAACGUAUACAAUCUCACAAGGGCGUUGUUGGAUCCAUUGUAGUAAAUGCAGAAGGUAUUCCGAUUAAAUCGACUUUGGAUAAUACAACGACAGUGCAAUACGCAGGCCUGAUUAGUCAGCUGUCAGACAAAGCACGUUCUGUUGUUCGUGAUCUGGAUCCUACAAAUGAUUUAACUUUCUUACGUGUUCGUAGCAAAAAACAUGAAAUAAUGGUUGCUCCGGAUAAAGAAUUCAUUCUAAUAGUUGUACAAAAUCCAGUUGAUUGAUAUUUGCAGAGCGGAAUUAUAUAUUACAAUCCUUUCCUUUUAGGUUUUUACCAAUUAUUUUAUUUUUUAUUUAGUAUAUUACACUU